AUGAGUAAUAUUCCUUUGAAGCUUUUGAGUGAGGCUCAAGGUCAUGUAGUCACGUUAGAGCUCUCCACUGGUGAAACUUAUCGAGGGAAGUUAGUUGAUAGUGAGGAUAAUAUGAAUGUUCAACUACAAGAUGUAACUGUUACUGGUGUAGAUAGCAAGGUUUCUCGGAUGGAUCAUGUUUUUGUUAGGGGUUCUCAUAUAAAAUUUUUUGUAGUUCCUGAUUUAUUGAAGAAUGCUCCUUUGUUUAAUAAAGGUCCACAAUCGAAACCACCUCCACCUAUUCGUGGUCCAAGAAAGAGGUGA